AACUGCUCGGGAAAUUCGAAAAUGCGCGACCCGAACGAAAAACCCGAAGGAUCCGAAGAAUCGUAGAGGGCGAUGGCGAUGGCAAAAGUGGCCAAAGCCACGAAUGAAUGGCCAGGCGCUUUAGUACUGAAAAGGUCGUGGAUUUGUGUAGUUGUCGUGCUCCGUUGUCGCCGUUUUGUCGAGUUGUCGUGUUGUCGUUGUCGUUGUCGCGUUCGUAUGUGGCAUCGAAUCGCCUAGCAUCGCAUCGCAUCGCAUCGCCUAACAUCGCGUAGCCGCAGUGUUGACCGUCCGCAUCCGCAAAACUGGCAAACGAAGCAAGUUAGCUAAAAUUCAAGAAACAAGUGCCAGUUAAGAUAUAUUUUGAAGAGUAUAUCUCAAUCGGCGGUUAUCGCAAUUGUUGAAUGCUAAAAAGUCAAGUGAGACGACAGUGCACGUGCUGCUACGACAAAGUACAAGUAGAAACAUCUCAAACGCCUGCGUUAAGUUUCUGAAUGUGUUGUUAUGCAAAUCGCGUCCUUUUUGGGCUUGAGGCAACAAUACAGUGAACGUGUGUUAUGUAUGCGUGUGUGUGUGUGUGUGUGUAAGUGAGUGCGGUUGAGAGUGUGCGAGUUACAGUUUAUAUAUAUAUAUACGCUGGUGUACGCGCCCACAAUGCAUAAAUCAAAAUACACAUUAUUGAGUCAUAAAUAAAGUUCGCAUCGGCUGCUACUUUAAAUAUUGGCCUCUCGGCUCUCGGCGAUUUUUUGGGAAGACGAUAAAAGCAAAAGCAAAAGCACAAACGAAAAGCAAAAACCCAAAGCGAAAAGCAAGGCAGCCGAAAUCGAAAUUUUUGCCUCGCACCCGCCAAAUACUUUGCCAUAUUUUUUGCUCAAUUGCCUGCCGCUUCUCCAGAUCCUUCUGGCCCUUCAGUUCAGCUCCUUUAGCUCAUUGGUGGUAUGAUGUGUGUGCUCGUCUCGCUGCUGGCUGCAUAAAACUCGUUCAAUGCCAACACGCCCUAAACAACAGCAGCAGCAAUAAGCAAUAAGCACAGCGGCAACAACUUCAUCGGUGGCAACAACAUUGGCCUAUACCCCUGCGGGCUGAUUUUAUUACAAAGACCGUAAAAAACGCCGAGAAAAAAGCGGAGUAAACGCCACAGCAAAGGGAUACAAUACGGCCAAAAUAACAGGGUUAUCACUCGGAGGACGAGAAAGGAUAUGGCUAAGCGUCAGGAUGGCAGGCAAAAGGAUUUGAAAUUACAUUUUUAAUGCAGAGCGGGCAAGAGACAGAGAAAAAAAGGAAGAGAGAUCGCGAAAUGAGCAACACGUGCGCGCUUUAUUUUAAAUAUUUAUAAACAAACACAGAACACACACUCACUCCUACAAACACACACACACACUCGCACACUCUUGCGCGCAUUUAGGUGACCAAAGUUAAGCCUCGUCAAAUUCUAUUAAAAAUUCAUCUUAACGGUUAUACGUUUUUCGUACAAACAGCAGCAGCAGUUAAGGAGCCAAGGCGAAAAAAAUGUUUGUAAAUAUUAAAAUGAAUUUAUGUGCAGCGCAAAAGUUUUUAAUUAAGUGAAAAGCGAAAACACGAGUGUGCAAACGAUAAAAACGCGCAACCAAAAAAAGGGAAAUAAAAAUCAUCGAGAGAGAGCGAGUGAAUUAGAGCAACGAGCUUAAAUAUUUGAAGCGAUGUUCGAGCAGGCCGAGCCCAAUUUAUUUGCAUACUUAAUGGCCGUUCAGUGAGCCCUGAAAUCGAGCAGAAUACUAACUAAACCGUAAUCAGCAAUCGGAUUGGAAGCCCAGCUAAAACCAUGACCAUCACCGUCUCAUUCCUCAUCUGCCUGAUUCUGGUAGCCAACAUUAUUACCUUUGCCAAUUCGCACGAACAUGCCGAUGGCUUCAAGCCAGAUGGCGAAAUCCUGCGCGUUCUGGUGAACAGCUCGGCCCAAAUUAAAUGUGAUGUGGGCUCCAGCCAGGCCGAUGACAAAGUACUGCUGGUCGUUUGGUACAAGAAUAAUUUACCCAUUUACAGCUACGACACACGUGGCGCCCACGCUGGCACCCCAUCACAUUGGCGGGACGAGGAGGUUCUCGAGGAUCGGGCCGUCUUUCGCACGCACAAGGAGCCUGCGGAAUUGAUUAUAAAUCCGGUUAAGGAAAAGGAUGCGGGCAACUUUCGCUGUCGCGUGGACUUCAAGCUUUCGCAGACCCGCAACAGCAAUGUCAAUUUGGAGGUUGUCGUGCCUCCCACGCAGCCGAUUAUCUUUAAUGAACGUCGCCUGCGUAUCGAUUCGAGGGCAGGUCCUUAUGAAGAAGGAGGCAGCCUGGAAGUCACCUGCGUUGUCUAUGGAGGUUCUCCACCGCCGACUGUCAUCUGGCUGAUGAAUGGCCAGCUGCAGAACAGCGUCGUCGAUUACACAUACGAUGGCGCCAUCAACAGCAAACUGGUGGUUCGCAACCUGUCAAGAAUCCACCAGCAUGCGGUCUACACCUGCCAGGCCAGCAAUUUCCACAAGAAAUAUGUGGCCACCAACAUAACCAUUGAGCUCUACCUGCGGCCUCUUCUGGUGGAAAUCAGCUUCAACAAUCAGCCAAUGUCAGCAGAUCGGAAGUACGAGAUCGAAUGCCAGGCGAUUGGAUCGAGACCACCGGCCAAAAUUACCUGGUGGAUGGGCAAUCUCGAGCUCCAUGGUCACAGUCAGAAGGUCUCUGAGGAUGGCAAUGUCAGCACUUCGGUGCUAUCGAUCACACCCACUCGAGAAGAUCAUGGCAAGGCCUUGUCCUGUCGAGCCACCAAUGAACUCGUUCGAAAUGGCAUUCGAGAAACGGCCAUGAAACUGAAUGUUUUCUUCAUUCCUACCUUGCAACUGGACCUGGGCUCCAAUCUAAAUCCGGAGGAUAUCGAGGAGGGCGAUGAUGUCUACUUCGAGUGUAAAGUGCAUGCAAAUCCGGCUGCUUAUAAAGUUGUAUGGAAGCAUAAUCAUCAAAUCAUCCAGCACAACCAGCGAGCGGGCGUGAUUGUCAGCAGCGGAGAUCUGGCGCUCCAGGGUGUCACUCGUCACCAGGCGGGGAACUAUACCUGCACCGCCUCAAAUGUGGAGGGCGAUGGAGAUUCCAAUGUGGUCGAGCUGAAAGUGAUGUAUAAGCCAAUUUGCCGGCCCGAUCAAAAGAAAAUCUAUGGAGUGGCGCGAAACGAAGCGGCCGAAAUAGUGUGCGAAGUUGAUGCCUUUCCGCCGCCGGAAAACUUCAAGUGGUCCUUUAACAACACGGCGGAGACUUUCGACAUGCCGCAGAGCGGCUUCCGGCCACAUUCCGCUCAGGGUUCCACUCUCACCUAUACGCCCGUCAAGGAAAUGGACUUUGGCACCAUCAUGUGCUGGGCCGACAACAAUGUGGGUCAGCAGAAGGAGCCCUGUGUGUUCCAUUUGAUAGCCGCUGGCAAACCGGAAGCGCCCACCAAUUGUACGGUGGUCAAUCAAACGUCCGACUCGCUGGAGGUUUAUUGCAUUGAAGGAUUCGAUGGCGGGAUGCGGCAAUGGUUCCUCAUGGAAAUCUUCGACCAGCACAGCGGUCAGCUUCAGGCCAACAUCAGUGCCAAGUUUGCGGCCCUGAGCGUUACGGGCUUGGAUGCUGGCCGCCUGUUUCGGAUCUAUGUGUAUGCCGUCAAUGGUAGAGGACGCAGUGAUGCCAUUGCCCUCGAUGGAUACACUUUAAAGGCGGCCGAGAAACAGACUGUCGCCUUGACCUCGUACAAGGGCAGCGCCCAGAGUCCGGACAACUUUGAGCUGACACCGAUCCUGUCGAUUGGCAUAUUCGUGGGCAUCCUUGUGGCCAUCGUUUGCAUUGGGAUUGGCACCAUUGCCGCACUGAAGCUGCGCUCCCACAAACAUCAACAGCAACAGAAAUUCGUACAUCCAAAUGCGAAAUUCUCACGUCCGGGCAAUUUGCAAAUUAAGGACAAAAUCUCAUUGCCAUUGAGUCACUCCGAGGAGAUGUACGACGAGAAGAAUCCCGAUGUUGUGCCCUACAAUGAGGUUGAUGGCGAAUAUAAACAAAAAUCAGCAACACAAACGCCAUCGGGACAUCUUUCGACGACCAGCGAGGUGGAAAUCAGCUGCAAGCCGGGCUCAACAUCCGGCACCGGAAUCGUCCAGGCCAACUCGGCGGACAGUGGCACCUAUCAGAGCAGCAAGGACGAUGAGCUGCACUACGCGGAGCUGUCGCUGACCAAUAUGCCAUCCGGCAGCAGUGUAGCCUCCAAGAAGGGUCAGCCGGUUGGUGGAGUUGGUGUAGUACAGCAGGUGCAGCAGCAGCAACAGCAGCAGCAGGGACAGGGACAGCAUCCUCAUCCCAUGAUGGGUGGCACCUUGCCGCACGGGUCUAGCAUGCGAAAGCUGCUCCCCACCAUUCCGGCGACGGCGACGCUGCAGCGUCACAAGCCAAAUGCGGGCGGACUGCAGCAUCCGCACCAGCACGCUCCGCCGCCCACGUACGACUACGAUUACUUUGAGGAGCCGACGAUAUAUGCGCAAAUCGAUGCGUACAAGACGAUGCAGGUGGACACGACUGGGGCAGGUGUGCAGCAGGGUGGCAUUGUUCCGGGUGCCGGGCAAUGCGUCUCCUCGCCGGGAUCGCAUGGCACACCAUCCACCGUUUCGCCUGGUACCGUGCAGAUGUAUACCCUGCCCCAGCAUCCCGGUGGCUAUCACACUCUGCCGCACAAUCAUCACGCACAGCAGCAGCUGGCGGGCGGUCCACAAAACUCCGCUUCGAUGAUGCAAAUGAUGCAGCAGCAGCAGCAGCAGCAGUUGCACCACCAUCCUGCGUCCAAUAUGCCGCCAUCCUACCAGCAACACCAGCAACAGCAACAGCAAAUGGCCCAUGGCCAAAUGCUGGUUUCGAGCAACAGCAGCGGAUUGGCCUCCACCACGGCGGCCGUGGCCAGUCCCAGUAGUUCAUUAUCGGGACUUUCAGGUGUAGGCAAGUCCUAUUCACGCGAAAUUGUAACCGUUCGCACACCGCUCAUGUAUUCGCAGCAGGAGAGCUGUGUCUAAGGUGGAUUUAUCCCAAAUCCUUGCACUCCCAAAAAUCCAACAAAAUAAAAUGGAAUAGAAAAUAGUCAUGUAAGUCUUGAGCUCUUCGUGGUUGGUGUCUAGGCUAAGUGUUGCCAAAACGAAUUGAAUUAAAAAAAUUACAGCAUUCAUGAGAAUUGAAGGAAAUCGUUUGUGUGCUCGUCGAGGAACUGAAUAUUUUUAAAUACCAAUCUUGGAAUAAGCGGCCACAAUGUCCCCUAAACCCCUUUGAUCUAAAAAUGUAUUUAUUUUUAUCAUUUAUCACUGUAAAUAUUCAAUUUUCUACUUCUAAUAUCUUUAAAAGCAUUUACUGCCAAUUAUACGAAUCUAUUUUAGGUUAAUUUUAUUUUUCAGAAAGCUAGUUAAGUUUAUUACUAAGUAAAGCAAAUUGUUUAGAAAAAUAUUUACCUAUUUCUACCUUAAAAAUAGUUUUUUCAAUACUUUAUAGAAAAUAUUAAAACCAAUUCAGGACUCAAUUUAAUAAUUAAACUCACAAAAUAUUUAAAAUAUGUUGUUUAUUCAUUAAAUAAUAUUUUAAUUUGCAUGGAUAAACACAUCAGUUACACAUUUAAGUCAUGAUUCAACCAUUAAUAAACCAAAAUUGAUCAAAAAAAUAUAAGCAGAAAAGAUGCCGAAAUCAUAAUUUAUAACCCUCCUCAAGUAUUUAGUAAAUCCCGCAGAAAUUCAUUCAUUUUUUAUGAUCACUUUAAAAAAAUAACCAAAAGAUAACGAUGCAGCAGAUGAAGAAUGUUCCUUCCUUACAGUAAGUACUCAGAUGGACACACACAGACAGUCUAUGGAAUAUUUUUGUCAACAGAUUACUUCACACAAACGAGAAUUAAUAUAGUUAAAUUUGCAUUAAUUUUCCAAGGAGACUUUGUAAAUGUUUGUAAAUGUCAGCUGGCUAGUGAAGCGCGGCAAUUUCUAGCAAUUAGGCUCAAAGAAUGCAUAAAUUUAGUAUAUAUAUUUAGUAAGUAUAUCCUUGAUAUAAUAGACUUAAAGCUCACACUCACUCAACCAAAGAUAGGCGAGCAAUGCGAAGGCGCAACUUCUUGGCAAUUAUAUUGAAAAUAAAUUACAUUAUUCGAAUCUAUGGUAAAACAAUAUAAAUAAACAAACACACACAAGCAAAUUAGCUGCAAUUAGCUUAGCAUAAAUGAAUACUAAGUAUUAAUGUGUAAAUAGCAAAAUCGUAAAUCAAAUUUAUUUUACAAAACCCAAAAAGCAAAUCAAACAGAAAAUCAGCAACCUAAUGAAUGGUAAUUAGUUGCACUUUCCAUGCAAAAAAAAAGAAAAAGCAAAACACAGAAAGAGAAAAUACUUGAAAAGACUAUAAAUAACAAAAAGAAAACACAACCAGGACCUAUCGUUGGUAUGUAAACUUUGAAAACGAAAAUAGAAAGAAAAACAAAGGGGGAAAUUGUUGUUUGUAAAUUGCAUUUAUAUAUCAAAUUGUAUUUUUUUCUCUUCAAUGUAUAAAUCAAUGUUUGAACUGUGAAAAGGUAUAAAACUAACAAAAUAAAUGCACCUUGUAAAUUAUUGUUACAUUUUAAUAUUUGUGUUUAAUGAAUGGGAGAAUAGAAAACAAACACACACACACACACACUCAGAAAACAAACCAAAACGAAAUGCUAUACUCCUUUAAAGUAUGUAAAGUGAAAACAAAAAUGUUGAGCUGUAAUUGUAAUAGACAGAAUAAUGGCCCAGCAUGGCGAAUGCAAUUUCCAUUUCAAGCUAGUUAAGACAAAAAGACAAAAACUCUUAAAAAAUCAACUAAAAAAAACCUAAAAAAAAGAAAGAAAAGAAAAGAAGUGAUUUCUCUUACAUCAAUUAGAAUGAAAUACAAAAGGAAAAACAACAAGUACAUAUAUAGGUCGGUCAUCAUCUAUGCGUAUAUUUCUGCAUGUAAGUGUUCCAACCAAAUAUGAAUCUAAAACUAAGUGUAGCUAAUUUAACAUCUAAACGAAGCCAUAAAAAAUAAUUGUAAAAUAUAUUAAUGAUUUAGUUUAAAAGACAGCAAGGCAGCAACAUAUACUCUAUACAAAAUGAAUUAUGAAUGUAUGUUAUGAUUAAGCACUCGAAACGAUAUGGAAAAUACCCCUCCCUUAUCCCAAAUGAAUACAAGGAAUACAAUAAUAACUUGAGACACAAGAAACAAACUGAACAGCAAACAAACUGAAUGAACUCAACCAAAUAAAUCCAUACAAAAUUUCAAUGAAA